UCAUUUUUAGCCAACAAACAAAAUUAGAACGUUAAGCUGUCAAAUAAAAUUCGUGCGAAGCUCACCAUCCGGCGUAAUGAUCACAAUCGCAGAUUGUGUAGAGCUCGCUAGCUUUGCCCAGCAAUUGGAUAACGCGGAGCACAUGCUGAAAAGGGCCGACGAGUAUAAUGACAAACUUGCUGUCCAAAUCGACAAUCUGAAAAACGUCGUGCGCAGCAACCAAAAUAUACUUGAGAAAUUACAAGCCAAUGAGCAGCAUAUGAAUACGCUAUUCGAAGACCAGAGCCAGUCUGAGCUUCAUGCUCAAAUGAUAACAGACGUCAAGCGCCUCAAAAAGAAGCUUUUCGUUACACUGACCACGUUCGACCGGCUUGAAGCUGAGCAGAAGGCCUGCGUCGAUAACCAGGAGCACAGCUCAGAGUCAAGCCUAGCGCAAGAGAUCUGCGAACUUGGCGUAAAUCUCGUUUCCAUUGGCAAUGAACUAAUGUUGCUGCGUGAUGAUAAAGCGGCUGCAAAACGUGCAUUAUAUCAACUACAGCAGUGGUCUUGCAGGGGGCCCAACAUAGCCGAAACAUGCUGGACCCAUUGCAAGGCCCCGUUGCAGGAGAAUACUUUGCCCGUUGACCAGCUGGCAGUGCUACGCAAAGCAACGGAAUCUCUGUCCCUGGCGUUUAAUAAAUCAACAAAGUCUACUCGCGAGGUCCAAUGUCAGCAGCACAUAAUUGAAAGAGUAGUUGAACAGGUUUUGGCCAUAGCUGAGCAACUCAAUAUAAAAUCCGAGAAGCUUUUGAAUGUCAAAAUCCUUUCAAAAAUGGUGCUGAAGGCCCUGAUUAAACGAAAGCAACUGUAUCAGCUAUGCUCUGACAAUAAAUUGCCCAAUGAAAAUUUGUCUAAUAUUACAUUCGAACAAGUAUGCCAGAAAACAACACGUGCAAAUUUCAGUUGCAAUCCGUAUAUUGAAUAAUAAACAAAACUAUUGAUUUACACAUCAGUAAAAUAGACAAUAAAUGGU